CGGCGCUCCACCGACGUCCCGACGCCUGCUCGCGAGCUUAUCGGCCCUUUCUUUCGAAAAGGGUCCCGUUUCGAAUAUCGCGUAGUCGGCUAUGAUACGGAUAGUGCGAUCGUCGUUUAGCAACCCUUAAAUUUUCAACCCCCUCGUUCGGGGUCGUCGAGACGGACAAGAUGUUGUCGGGGUUGUUGGUGUUGUUUAGCGGAUUAGUCGUUUACGACGUCGCGGCGCUGCGAGACAUGCGAUUCAGAGCGCCGGAGGCGGCGAAAACCGGCGACGCGGUAACGUUGGAAUGCGACUACGAUCUGGAAUCCGCCGCUUUGUAUGCCAUCAAAUGGUACAGAAACGAAGUGGAAUUCUACAGGUUCGUGCCCAAGGAAUCGCCCCCUUGGCAAACGUACGUCGUACCUCACGUUGACGUCGACGUUUCCCGCUCGAAUUCCAGGCACGUAACGCUGAGAAACGUCGAAAGGGCCACCGCGGGGAAAUUCAAGUGCGAAGUUUCCGCCGAUGCGCCCCUCUUUCACACCGACAUGAAAACCGCCGAUCUAAUCGUAGCCGAUGUGCCGGAAGACGGGCCUGUAUUGCGUACGGAGGGUCAUAAAGUGACUCCCGGUGAGACGAUUAGAGCCAAUUGCACCACGCCUGGAUCCUAUCCCAGGAUGAAUGUCACUUGGUACUUCAAUAACGUGAAGGUACGACCGAACGACGCCGACGUCCGUCUGAUCGACGACGUCGUCCGUUUCGACGCCCUGCCCGGCCUGGAGACGGUCAGAUCGUCGGUGUCGGUCACCGCGACGCCGGCGCUCUUCGUCGACGGCAAAUUGGCCGUUCGUUGCAAGGCCACGUUGUUCGCGUUGUACGAGGCCUCCAAGGAGACGGACGUGCUGGAGGCGGCGCCGCAGCUCGCCCUCAUGAUCCAUCCUUCCACCGCCUCCGAAGCUCACGGAUUUCGAGUUCCCUCCAGGAUAAUGUUUAUUGUAAUGCUGCACACGUCCGUUAUCCUGCUGUUUCGUCACACUCCUGGCUAGGAAGGGGACGAGGAACUUUAUUUAUUUAUUUUUUUAAUAAUAGAAAAAAUAAUAAAAAAAUAUUCCCCCCUUCCCGACCCCGAUUUCGCAAAUUUCGUUGCCGGAUAACCGGAAAGCAUAUAGUGAGUUUAAUUAGGGUAAUUAACGGGAUAAUUACCCAAAAAAUGUUAAUAAUAAUAAUAAUAAUAAAUAAUAAUGAAAAAACGGCUCGAGGAGUGUCCGUUUUUUUAAAAAUAUUUGUGAUAAAUGUGGAAAUGUUUAAUAAUUAAAGUAUUAAUCGAGUCCUGGAAAAUGGAUGAAUUAACUAUGAAUGUUAUGUGGAAAAGCGAUGUAUACCUAAUUGUAGUUUUAUAGCGAUGAAAACCGGAUGUAGUGAUUCGGGGAAAAUUUUCGAAAAUUUUUUUUCGAAUUUUCGCGAACUUUCCGACGGAUUUUUCGAUUUUUUUUAUUUUAGUCCGGGCGAUUCGAAGCUAUGAAAAAAAAUACUGUUUUUUUUAUAUAAUGGGCGAAUAGACAAUAAGUUGUGAA